UUCGCGGCGGCGAGGGCACUCGCGCUUGCCACCCCGAUCUUGCUCAUUGCAGGGCGUCCCAAUGAUUUUACUUGAGAGGCUGUUGAGGGGGGAGGUGCCUUCGUGGUCGCCUGGCAUCGUGCUCGCGCUGGUCUCGGGAAUAUUUGUGCCGCUGGGCGGGCUGAUAGGGGCCGCGUGGAGACCGGGGCGUAUCAGCAAGCCUCUUUCACGUGUUCUGGCGGUCUUCUCUGGGGCGCUGAUCUCUGUGACGAUGCUUGAUAUAUUCCCGUCCGCGCUCCGCGGGGUCAUCGCGGAGGGAUAUGAUCAGCGUUGGAGCUAUGGGUUCUGUUCAGUCGUGAUCCUCGUCAGUAUGAUAGUCAUCCAACUCGCGAAAUUCACGAGUGACCUACCAGCGGUCAUUCUCGAGCGGUUCAAGCGUGCAAUAACACAGAGGAGGUUGGAGGUCGACCCUUCACUACGAAACAGCAAGGGGAGAAUGGCGGCCGACGAGUUUAUUAGCAGUUGGAUGCAUUUCAGCUGCGAUCAGAAGAACAUUACCAUUACGGAGGUUAGAAGCAAACGCGCAGAAAAGGCCAGACAGUUGCACAGAGAUGAUGCGUCGGGAGUCUUCUCGCCGCAGAUGGCCGAUCUCAGCAAGCACAAUAGAGAGUCCAUACAGUUUAUCGCUGACAGCUUGUUUCACUUCUCCGACGGAGAUGCACCUCUCGUGGAGAUUCUUCUCAAGAGCGCUGGGCGCGAGAUCGUGGAUAUGAGCAGCUUCAACCAUGCGGAGUUCUGCAGUUUCGUAACCUAUGCCGUCGGUCCCCCUCAAGAAAAAUUCGCCGAACCACUCUGGGACGAGCUCUGCACGAUAUGCUCCGAUGCGCCCACCCCAGGGAUGCUGGUAGAGCUCUUGGAGGAGCCCUGGGAGGUGCUCCAGCAGCAGCGGCGUCCGGUGGACAUAGCCGGCAUGAAACCCUCGAUUUUGUCAGUGCGGAAGGAGGCCCAUGCUUACUAUGGCGCUCAUGCUGGACCCGGGCUCAAUCGGUUGCUCAAUCUGGCACUCAGCGGUAGUGUCAACUCGAAGAGGGCAGAGGCAGAGACGAACCAACCUUCGACGCAGCAGUCGUGGCAUGCCAGGAUCGAGCAGUUCAAGACUAUGGAAGGUAUAAUAGACAAGAGGUUGAUACCAUUGCUUCGAGUCUUGUGUGAGCAUUUUGCUGCUUUCUUGGCACACAUCUUCCCAGGCAUUCUCAUGUUCCACAUUUCCAAGGUGGAUUUGAAGACUGCUACUGACUUGGCGUGCCUUAUGCUCUUGCGAAACGUGCCAGAGGGGCUCCUGCUCAUCGUCGACGCCAUGGAGGCCAUGGAGGGAUCAAGGAGCCAGAAACGAUGCCAGCGUUGCAAGGAUAUUCUGGGAAGCCUCAUGAUUGGAUUGAGCGAGGGUUUGGGAGCUUGUCUCGCGUACUACGUUAUGGAUGUCACUUUCGACCCUCUUGUCUACGUUGGGAUAUACCUCUGUGUUGGUGGCAGCUUCAUCUACUUGAGCGUGAUUAAAUUUAUGAGCUGCUCUUCGCGGUACCACCCUGACUUAGAGAUCCCAACGUUCGCGUUCGCGUCGGGUGCUGUCAUGGCGGGCUUUGCCCUGACGGUUCUGGACGCAGGUCCAAUGCGAAGCACACCGAUCGCAAGGGGACCCAGAAGCAGGGGUGGCGGAGGCGGCGGCUGA